AUCCUGUUGGGUGGACCCUCCUUUUCUCCCUUCUGAAUCGCUCCUGACCGCAGAAACUUCUGGAGAAGCGUCCUCCAGAAUACAAGGGAGUCGGAGGCACCCGGGGGCACGGCGAGCGGGCGAACAUGGCGCUGCUGUGCUAUAACAAAGGCUGCGGGCAGACGUUUGACGGGAACGACAACAAGGACGAUUCCUGCCUCUUCCAUCCCGGAAUCCCCAUCUUCCACGAUGCUCUGAAGGGUUGGUCGUGCUGCCGCAAGAGGACAACAGACUUCUCCGAAUUUCUCUCCAUCAAGGGGUGCACCCGCGGGCACCACAGCGACCUAAAGCCGUGCGCACCUCUUCUGCCCGAGGUGUCGUCCGACAAGGCUGCCAGCAAAGGUGCCAACAGCCACGAGAUCAUCUACCGGGGACCCAAAUCUUCUGAGAAGCUGCAGAGAGAGAGACCAAGUUCAGGUGAACCCAAGACCAAAUUGCCCCUUAAAGUGGCGCCGUCCCUUGCGAAGGAGCUGGAGAAACUGGACAUGAGCGAGAGGGCUGAAAAGGAGAAGAAAGAGAGCCCAGGUGUGGUGCAAGGCACACGAUGCAAGAAUUCAGGAUGCAAAACAGUCUAUCAGGGCCAAGAAACUGACCUGGAGGUCUGCACACACCACCCGGGUGCACCUGUCUUCCACGAGGGGUACAAGUACUGGAGCUGCUGCUGUAUCAGGACCGAGGACUUCAACGCCUUCCUCGACCAGAAGGGCUGCACUUCCGGAAAACACCGCUGGGUCCUGAAGCAGGACAAGAAGAAGGUGGCGUGUCGACACGACUGGCACCAGACGGCCAACGGCGUCGUGGUGACGAUCUACGCCAAAAACGCCAACGCGGAGUUCACCUGCAUCGAGGCCAACGGGACGGUGAUCUCCUGUCGCAUCCAGUUUGAGAGCGACAAGAUCUUCAAGCGAGACUUCCACCUUUGGGGGGUCAUCAGCGUGCAACAGAGCGUCGUCAACAUGGUCCCGUCCAAAGUGGAAAUUACCCUCCGCAAAGCUGACCAGGUGGCCUGGGGGAAACUGGAGGACGCAAACUACAAGCCGGAGCCCGAGCCCACGGAGGACGAGACCGGCGACGUCGCGGAUUCGCAACGUCCCGACUGGGACGACGACGACAUCAGCGACUCGGACGAGGAGUGGGCCUGCGACACGGCGCAGAAGACGACUCAAGCGGAGCCGGACGGAGGCGAACGACGGGCCGGCCUGGUCCAAGAAUCGCACAACGUAAAGAGGAAAGAGGUGGAGCAGGAGAUGAGGAGGGCCAUGGAGGACAAGAGGCAGGCCGAGGAGGAGAAGGAGGAGCUGCGGAGGCAGCAGGAAGAGGACGGAUAUGAAGAAAUGCCGGAACUGGAGUAAAACCUCCACAGUGUGUGAUAAAUAUUGAAAAGGUUGAGAUAUUACCUCCCAAAAUACUCACAAACCUCAUUGUUUUAUGUUUUGACAUUUUUAUUCUAAAAUGUGAGUUUACAGUCAAUAAAACAUUUUCCUUGC